AUGGUCGGAGGCCGAUUGCACAGGUCCAAGACAGGCUGCCGGGCGUGCCGCCGCCGCAAGGUCCGCUGUGAUGAGAGGAAGCCCGUGUGCAGCGCAUGCGAGCGCCUGAAUUUACCCUGCGCGUAUGGCUCUGGCCCGGCGGACUCUGGCACUGGGGGAGCGCCUAAGUUCCGCGUGCGUUUUGUCAACUCGUCUUAUCCCAGGCCCGUGGUGGAGACGGAGAUUCCGACCAAGGCCAAGGAGAUCCAAGUAACCCCCCAACCUCCAGAGCCUAUCAAUGAUUCUCCCGGUGCUCUUUCCUCCACCGCGUCUGAAGCAGGUCCCAGCUUUCGGUCCCCUCCGGCCAAUGAUGGGUACAACUCCACCUUGAGCCAGUGUUCCCAAGUUGAUCCCAUGCUAGUCGCCCCUCCCAUUACCACAAGCAUCGUCCAGCAGCAGUCCGGUGACGACGGGCCCUUAACACUGCAGCACACUGGUUCUGGCUGGGACACACGGUCGUUGCCCCUCUCGCUAUUGGACGUAAACGCAGAGGCAUCAGAACCUUCGUUGUCACAUGACAACAUCAACAGCCAGUGCCAUCGGGACGUGAUUCUUCCACAUGUCACUCCCAUGCAAUGUGUCGAAACUGGCAGAGACCCCAUGCCAAUGUCUGGGUUUUUCGACCUCAACCUAACCUUUGACUCACUGGGUGAAGAGUGGAUGCCAUUACCCUAUGAACCUAUCCUGAGCACAGCGCCUGCAGUAACCGCAGCAACUCUCCAAAGAUAUGACGAGGACGACAACCGGAGCAUCUCCUCUGAAGCGAGUGGGCAAGUUACCAUAGCACCUGCUGACCACAGCCUAAUUCAGCAUUACUUGAAUGUCAUGUCCCAGUAUGCAAAGCUCCGCGGUUCUGCUGAUGAGAAUAUUUACACCCAGAUAUUCAGUAACAUGGCAUUAUUCUACCCUCCCUUGUACCAUGCCAUUAUGGCCUGGACUGCUAUGCAUCUGGGUCAGACCAAGCGCCAAACCCACCUGAUUGACGUAGCCGAGCAGCGGAACAGUCACGCAAUAGUUCUGCUUCACCAAGACCGUGAUAUCUCGCGCCACCUCGAGCUGGCGCUGGUGGCCAUCUGGUUCGCCCUUCAAUUCGACUUGCUGGCCUCUCCAGGGAUCGACUCGUCCUGCCGCCACCUCGAAUUCGCUGCUGAUCUCCUCGACGCACAACGCCGACAAGCCGGGGCAACUGAGCAGUCACCAUCGCCAUUGCUGCUCGGUCGCAUCGGCACCCGUGUUUUGUUGUGGCUGGGCACAUUUGAUGCCAGGGCCUCGUGGGUCGGAGGCACAGGCCGUUUGCUACAGAGUCUUGAGCUUUUCCGCGCAAGCUAUGAUUUCUUGGAGGCAUUAUUCCCAGAUGCCACCCACGGCGAGACAGCCAGCUCAUCCCAUUUAAAGUUAUCCCUCCAAUCAAACCUAGACCUUGACCUGUUAGAUAACCGGUUCGCCCUCCUACACCGGCAGGUUCUGGCUGCUCCGCCCACCAUUUGGUCUGAGAUACAGUCGGAACUACUCUCACUACAACGACGUCUGGAAUCCUCCCCCGUUAUUGCAAAUGCUCUAGAUAUCAUCCUCCAUAACUCCUCCAGGGUGGUGAAGGGUAAAAUCACAACCAACGUCUUCAACAAUCUACUACUACUAUCAGCCUGCUACAGCCUUAUAAUCGAGUUCCAUAGGCUAUUUCCGUCCUUGGAGAUAGGGCACCUUGAACCCACCGACAAGCUCAUCUCUGGCGAAGUAGCGGCCACGCGAAUUAUUCGCAUAUCAGCUUGGGUCUGUCGCCUACGCCCACCAUCUCCGCAAAAUAUCUGGCCGCGCAUUCUAUUCCUGGCCGGAAUCGAGACUACCGACUUGAUCCAGCAAGACUGGGUAUUGAGGACACUGUCCGAGGCAGAGAGAUGGGGAGGCAACUUCACCAAGACAAGGGCCUUGCUAGACUAUGUGAUCAAGGAACAAGGGUCCCAAGGCGCCAGAGUUGACUACCUAGAUGCAAUGAAGCAAUGCACGGGUUUGUUCAUUCUAUGA